GUGAAUAGUAUCACCUCUAGUAUCAAUGCGAAAUGGAUGAUUUCAAAGUGCCGGUUUUGCCGUCUGCGGCCAAAAGCGAGUCUGUUGCAGAUGAAAAACCCACCGAGGAAACACCAGUUCCAUCGAAAACUUCACAGCCAACUAAUUCCUGUCCAUACAAAGUUCCAAAGUGGUCACAGCCGCCAGCUGCAAAUGAAAACUACAAAUUCGAGGUGCUCAAGUCAGGACAGAUUAUCGAUGAAGUCAAAGAGUUGCAGCAACAGGCUGUCUGGACAUUUGGUCGCCUGCCCGAGAACGAUGUGUUCAUGGCGCAUCCCACCAUAUCCCGCUUUCAUGCCGUGCUCCAGUACAAGCCAAAGGCGUCCAGUCAAGUGCCUAGUGAUGAGGAAGAGGAAGAAAGCUCGGAGAACACAGCAAAGCCGGAACAGCCUGAAGGUUGGUACAUCUACGAUCUGGGCAGCACACAUGGCACCUUCUUGAACAAACAGCGUAUCCCACCGCGAGUCUUUAUACGCAUACGUGUUGGUCACAUGCUCAAACUGGGAAAUAGCACACGGGUUUACAUCUUGCAAGGUCCCAGCGAAGAUGAGGAACCCGAGUCGGAGCUGACGGUAACAGAGCUACGCGAACAACGCGACCAGCAAGUGGCGGCAGCUGCAGCUGAGAAGGUGCGGAAGGCACAGGAGGCUGCAGAGCGAGAACGCAAUGAAGGCGUCAGUUGGGGUAUGGGUGAAGAUGCUGACGAGGAGACUGAUCUGGCGCAUAAUCCCUAUGCCAGCACCAAUAACGAGGAUCUGUUCUUUGAUGAUCCCAAGAAAACGUUGCGUGGCUUCUUCGAGCGCGAAGGUCUCAAUCUAGAGUACAAGUGCGAUGAGUUGUCGCAGGCUUCCUUUGUUUGCCGUGUCGAGCUUCCCAUUGAUGACUCCAAUGGCCGGCCAAUCAUAGUUGAAGUUACACACAAAGGCCGAAAAAAGGAUUGUGUGGUGCAGUGUGCCUUGGAGGCGUGUCGCACCCUCGAUCGGCAUGGUGUCCUCCGACAAGCGAAUCAAGAGUCUCAGAAGCGGAAGGUUCAGAAAACUGGUGACUCCGAUGAUGAAGAUGAGUUCUGGGAUCGAACUGGCGAUGUGGCGAGGAAGAAGCAACGAAAAGCGAAUGCAGGCGCCAGUGUAACGCUGACUUACGACGAUUUGCUAAAGCAGGAAUCUGAACUUAAUGAGGAGCUGCAGAAAGUCGAGCAGGAGAUUACGGCUUAUCAACAGAAUGAAAGGCGUUUAAAGGAACUGGCUGCGAAACAACAAAGCGCUGAGGAUGACUUGGACAAUUUUAUGGAUUCACUGAGCGAAAAUGUGACGGCAGUGGAUAAAACUGAGAUUAAAAAAGCUGCGUUAUUAUCUAUUUUCCAGCUGGAGGAGCAGCGCAUAAGAAGUGAAAAACAAAAGCUGCAACGGCUAAUUAAAAUUGCUAAACCAACAGCUCUGCCUUUCCUGGCAACCACAAGCAGCUCUUUAGCCGACAAUAAGGAACAGGAAAGCAAUGCGACCAAGAAGCAGCUGCCCAUGAUAGGCAAACGGAAUCAAUUCAGUAAAUUUAAAGUGGUCAAAGCGGCGCCUAGUACUCGACCCAAAGUACACUCGAAUGUGUUUGAGUCUGAUGGCGAAGAAGUCGAGGAAGAAGAGGAGGCGGAGAAAGAUAUAAAAAAGGAUGCAGUGGCAAAGCAAUCGUCUAGUGAAGAUGCAAAGGAAAUACCCUCGCCAGUCGCAACGGAAGUAAAAUCGAACAAUUCAAUAGCAAAGGAAGAGGAGGUGGUAAACAAAUGUAAUGAAAUGAUAACGGAAGCACUCACUGCACCAAUCGAGACGCCAGCAGACAUAGUAGACACAGACACAAAGUCGCAAACUGAGACAGAGGCAGUCGGUGAAAGGAGCACAGAGGAACAAAGCAGUGAAGAGGUCGCUCACAGGAAGCAGCGACGACGUGCUCGACAACGCAACAAGCAGCGUCAAGAUGUGGACAUGGAUCUGAACGAGCUGGCCGAGCAUGAGGAUGAUGAAAAGUACGCCAAGUGGGUGCCACCUACGAAUCAAAGUGGCGAUGGCAUUACGCACCUGAACGAUAAGUUUGGCUACUGAGCCAAUCGGUUGUUAAAUUUAAGCAGUUGAUAAGGCAACUUUUAUUUGUAAAGACUUUAUUCCGCUGUUAAUAUUUAAUUUCAUCGAUAAGUUGCUAU